CCUCUCCUCCAGGGCUGGGUUUUUCCAGCCGGAGCCCCGCUCCCUCUACUGCAAGCUCUGGAAAUUGGUGUCUGACGUCGCCGCUCCUGCACGUUAUUUAUUUACUUCCUCUUUUCUUCCCUCCGCUGAGGCCCUCCGGUUGGGAGAGCUGCAGGCAGAAAGCUGCCGGGUGGAGGAAGCAGAGAGGACGGUGGGCAAGACCGCUCAGGAGCCCCCGGCCUGCCCGUGGGGGUCAUGAGCGUCCGGCCGGACGCCCCGAGGGAGGAGGGAGAUGCCGGGGACAGGGGACAGGAGGCAGAGCUGCGGGGCCGAGCCAGCAGCCGGCAGCGCCAGCACAGACAGGCCACCCGGUUCCUGCACAAGGACUCGGCCGACCUGCUCCCCCUGGACGGCCUCAAGAGGCUCGGCACCUCCAAAGACUGGCAACCGCACAACGUGAUCCAGAGGCGUCUGGUGGAGGGGAACCCGAGCCGGCCUCAGGGGGAGCACCCCUUGGUGCAGGCCGCGAUCCACGGCCAGGAGACCAGGAGGAAGACCAGCAAGACAGAGAGGCCAGCUCUUCUGGUCAACUGCAAGUGCCAGGACCAGGUUCUUCAGGUGGCCGUGGACACGGGCACCCACUACAAUCAGAUCUCCGCUGGAUGCCUCAGCCGCCUGGGGUUAGGGAAGAGGGUCCUAAAAGCCCCAUCUGGGGACCUGGCGCCUGGGCCCCCAGCCCAGGUGGAGCAGCUGGAACUACAGCUGGGCCAGGCAACCGUGGCGUGCUCGGCCCAGGUGGUAGGUAAGUCCCCUCUCCGUCAGCAUCCCCACGUCUCUGCUCUUGCAGCUCUCCCUCCUGGGCGGGGCGAAGGCAGAGCCUGUCAGCUCCUGCCAGCACAGACAAGGUACCCCCAAAGAUGCUCUGAUUAUCCCCAAGGUUCUCUGGCCUGGGGUGGUGGGGGGAGCAGAGAAGGGGCGAGUGCUGACAGGAGGACAGCAGCAUUCUCAAACGGUUCCCGCAGAUGUGGAGAGUCCUGAACUCUGCCUUGGCCUGCAGACUCUGCUCUCUCUCAAGUGCUGCAUUGACCUGGAGCAUCGCGUGCUGCGGCUGAAAGCCCCCCUCCCUGAGCUGCCCUUCCUGCCUUUGCACCAAGAGCCGGACCAGUGACCGCUGCCCCAGAUGGUCCCCAGGGGAAAGCUCCUUGCCUGAAGGGAAGAGCCAAGGGGGAAUGGGACAUGACUAGAGCCAGGUAGCUGGGACAGCUGGGUCUGUCCCUCUUGUCACCACCCUGGCCCCUUUCCCGUUUCCCAGUCAGCCACACUCCUCUGCUUCUCAGCACCUGCCCCAUCCCCCAGGAGGAAUGUUCCCUGGAGAGGGCCCGUGAUCUCAGGGUUCUGGUUUCCCCGUCCUCUCUCAUCCCCGCCAUCCCAAGAAGAGCGGAGCUAAGUCAGGACUGCAGAAAAGGACAUCAGCAGAGCGGGGUCCUGGCUGGGCCCCUGGCACAGCAUGGGGUGGCCCGAGUCCAAGGCUACAGCCUGCUGCUGGCCCCUGCCUGCCCCGUCCACCCCGCACACCGUCGAGGCCUUGACUCCGCGUGGCUCGCCUCACAACUAGCCUGCCCCCCUCCCCGGCCCGGGCCCCUGGCCCUGCUGUGUCCACUUCUCUGAUCUGCGCAUAGCUGAGCGGGAGAGAAAUGGUCACCACAACAGUAGAGAAAUGCCUAGCCCAUGAGGGCCGGGGGUUCCUUCAUCGGCUGCCUCUUCUGGGGCUGCAAACGUCUGAAGCCAAUUAUUAGUCGAUGCCCUGCGCAAACCUUGGGUAAACCUCUACUAUUUACUCCAGAUACGUACCCUCCACCUGCUUCCUCACCCACUGGGCAUGUGUGGAGAGCCCUGUGGGGAAUGGCCCCCCAAGGCAGAUAGGAAUGGUGACGUUGCCAGGACCCAGACUUAACCUGACCAAUAUUCCUUCUUAUUUCUAGAACUAUCCACUUCAUUAGACCUUCUUCCCACCCCUCAUCUCUGGCCUCCUGAGCUUGAGCUGGUUUUUUCUGGCAUCAGUGGCUACCCAACCCCCCCACCCCGGCCCUGAGUCCAGCAAAGACACAAGGAGGCUUUGCUACCUUCCCUGUGAAGAGCCCAAACCUCAAAGGGCCAGGCCCCCAGGUGCCUCUCUGGCUGGUUUGAGUCUCUCAUAUGUUGGAUUAGGGGAGAGGAAGACAGUGGUGUAACUAACCCGACCAGGGGACUAGGACACUCAGCGCGGAGUCAAAACCCUGAGCCUGGAGUAGAUGAGAUCUGAGCAGAACCAGGAUCUGCCGUGAGCCCUGGCCAUACCUUUCUCAGCUGAGUCCUCUGCACCCAGAGGAGAGGAGAGGGGCUCACUGGCACAGGUGUGAGAGUGCGCUGGCCCCUCUGGCCCUGCUCCUCGACCCCUGCUCUCCCGGGCCUCUCCCUGUCCCCCUCCCUUCCGCCUCCUUUGCUUCUGCAAUUGCAGACCCAGGCCCAAGGAGGCCCUCAGCUCAGUGGCUUCCCCAUUUGAAUAAACACCUGUUUGUCCUA